GAACGCCACCUUCUCUCCUUCGCCUCUCCGCAAAAAAAGCCAUGGCUGCGGCCACAGCACCAAGCAAGAAACGUAAACGCCAUAACGUUGAGGCAGACGAGGCCCACAAUAAGAUCACUGUGAAACUGUCCUCGCAAAAUGCUAUGGAAGUCGGACCCGUCGUAGCGAGCUUCCCGGUGCAGCCACCUCCCAAAACGUCGUUCAAAUGCUACACACGCAAGAGGUCGCGAAUCGAGGGCGAGGAGGCGACGGAGUUCGCGAGGAGGGACAUGCUCGUUGCCGGCGAGGCCGAUUCUGUUGAAUAUGCUUCCAUCGACGAGCCAGGGGCAGGUGCAGGGUGCCGGUACUACGUUGCCGUGCACGACAAGCGCACGCACACGGUCACCAUUCGCCCAGCCCCGCUGCACAUCAUGCAGCGCACCGUCAAGGCGCUCAAGGCGCUCAAGCCCGCACCUGUGGGUGCGGCGGAGCGCCUCGCGGCGCGGAACGCGUUGCAGAACACGUUCGGAACGAAGAAGGCGGUUACCCGCAUGCGGGCGCAGGAGCGGAACAGGGUCGACGUUGACGCCAUGGGCGCUGUCGCCGGUGUGCUGCAGAGCACGGUGGAGAAGAACACGGAGGCGCUGCCGACCAAAGACGAGGCGCAAGAGCUGGCAGACGCGUCGCGUCUUAUUCCGCCGUACGACGCCACGGCGACGACGCCGUCGGAGAUCUACAAGCUGUAUGCGAUCGUGCCGCAGAGCGAGCUCGACUCGAUCAGUGCCGCACCGUUCUUGAGCGCGAGCAACGGGCAGGAGAGGACCGCGCUGUUGGCCUUCAGACGGAGUAGUUGGGUGAAUCAACAUCUGAGCGCAUUGUUCAGGGACAAGGAAGACGGAAAAGGGAUCGAUAAGCGUAUAUUGAAAGUGAUCGUGUACAUCUCCGCUAUGAUCGCGUUCCGAGAAGCAACGAUGCGCGGGCGUGAUUUUGAGAAGCAAAAACUGCAGGAAUCUCAGAUGCUGAAGGCUGUCCCCGGCCCCGUGCUCGACGGCUUCCUCUCCCGAUUCGCCGAGCAGCCGCGGGGCUCAACGAAAUACCAGGUGACGAGCCAGAAGCGGGCGCUGCUCCUGGCAUAUAUGUUCGCGCUCUGCUUGCACGUCGAUAAUUUUGCGACAGAUACGUCCCUGAUCGCCAACGACCUCGCGCAGCCCACCACCAAGAUCAAUCCGAUCUUCAAGUCACUCGGGUGCAGCGUGAAGGUGCUUGGGCUGACGGAGCUGAAGAGGCUCGGGUUGCCGGACAGCGCAGCGGCGACGAAACGAGCCGUGUUGGACGUACCGUUGAAGUUCCCUGCUCCAAGGCUUAGGAGAAGGACAUAGUGUACGACGUGAUUGUUCACUCUUCCUAGGAUUGGAGUGCGAGACGUAGUAUGCUCGCAGAGUUCACCGAUUAGGCGACGCUGCGUAAUAGUCCGAGCUUGGAUGCCUAAGGGUAGUCGAGUCGUUGAUUUCAUCAUCAAAACUGUGCGGUAUGCUCUAUUUCCAUUUGAAAAUUCCAGGCCAU